UGGCGGCUGCCGUGGUGGGGAACUCUCAAGCUUUCUGUCCCGCUCUUCGUGUUGUCACUUCCCAUCUGGGCUUUCCUCACCGCAACCCUGAAAACACCUGACCUCUCCCCCCAUUCCGGCCUGAGCAAGCGUCUGCUCUGCGCUCCAAUCUCCUCUGCACCGGAGACUGCACAGUGCAGCCACUCGCCAGGACCCCAAAUCGCAAUCGCCAUUGCCCGCUGCCGCAUGCUCUCUUAGGCGGACUCUUGACAUCACCAUUCUUAUGAGCGCUCUGGCGCAAUGCUCGAACCCGGAGGCGACUACCUCGCCGAGCUCACCACUGCGCCCAUAUUCGACGAUGCCAUCUACCUCUCCGAGGCGCUCCUCCUCCCGGUGAACGAGAACGAGGACGAGUUGGACACAAAACUUGCCCUCCUCGCGCGCGAGUCUGGCAUCGAGGAACCGUACCGCUACCUCUGCCCCGAUGUCCCCGACCUCUCGACUGCCAUGUCUACCAUGACCGUCUCCAGUGUGAAUAGGAGCUCUAUGUCUGUACAUUCCCGGGAGACCCAGUCGACAGGCUUCACAUCGCACCCUUCGCGCACCUCCAGGGACAUUCCCUCCACCGACCAAUCGCCCGUCCAGCGAACCGCUCCACCGCUCACAAGAGCCUCUCUGUCACUAGACCAGUACGACUCCGUCAUGGACCGCUUCCGCCCCAGUGUGCGACACAGGCAUUCGUCCUCUGCCUUCUCGGCCCCAAACUCGGUCUUCUCCAAUUCCUCUUCAGCUCGGAAGUCCACUGUGCGGAAGCAUAGGCGAGGCUCGGGUCUCUUCUCCAGGUUCAGGAAAGACUCUUCAAGCGCCUGCCGUUCUCGGGCACACCACGGUCCUCACGUCAAGCCACAGAGCCCAAAGCUCGAAUGCGGCCACUCGCUUUCCGAAUACGCGAUUCGAGUCCACAUACAGGAAGCUAUGGGCAGCAAAGAGCAUGUAGCACCCGCCUGUUGCGGACACCCUUUGCCGCGCGAGGUGCUGGCGAUGGUGCUGACUGGAGAAGAGGUGGACUUUGUAACUGCUAUUAGUGGACUAUCGCCUGAUUUGAGGUCUCUGCGGGACUCUGGCUACAGCGAGGACGGCGUGUCGUCCAUCGAUCUCCCUCAGGCCGCGGAUGCUCGCUCAGCCCCAACUGAAUUUUCAGUAACAGUCCCCAACACACCCAACCGAGAAACGAGUCAAGCGGAUGAGACAAGCCUCAACCUUGCCCUCGCCAAUGAGGCAUUCAAGACCCUAAAGGUGGAGCAAAGGGAACAGUUUCGGCGGGUGGCAACGUUCGAGUCAAACCAACGAAAAGCUUUAUCGGCAUACCAUCAGUGGUCGCUAAGGAGCCUUGCGACUCAAUUAGAAAGUACCAAAGCCGGCAAGACAAAACAGCAUGGUCUAGCGCUCGAGAGGUUAGACGAGUUUCAAAUAGUCGCGGAACACGACCUUCGCAAGGCCCAUGCGCAGGAAAUCCAGAAUGUUGCCACCGCUCUGAAGUACAUGGAGGCUUACUGUUCUGGGGCAAACCCAGAUCCUGCGCACAAAGUCACCGAAGAGGACCGCAAAAAGCUAGAACGGCAACGGAUGAUGCAAACGAAGUUGCCCGCCAAGCAUGAAAGUGCUAUCAAUGUGCUCAGAGCAAAGCAAGAAAGGGAUACCAAGAUUAAGCUGCAGAAACAGCAGACAGAGCUCCAGCAGCUUGACGCAGAGUACGAGAAGGAGAAGCGAGCAGAGGAGCUACAGUAUGUGAAGGAUUCAAGUCGCUUGGAUGCGCUCAUUCAAUCGAGGAGAAGGAGGGCAAUCCACCGAUGGGACCUCAAAUUCGAGAUCUGGCGACGAGACUGGGAGAACCAGCAUGGGACCACACUCAACGGACGACUACCGCACGAGGACUGGCCCGAGACUACGGACAUGGAGGCACCCAUUACUUGCUCCAGCUCUCUGGCUCUCUACACUCAGGUCAUAGUCUGAGUCGUCAUCGGAUCGGACCGGAUCGCUGUUUGGGAUAUUGCGCCGACAGCAAUUCGUAUCGGCAUUUUCAUUCUAGCAUACACUUAUCGAAACCCCA